GAAAAAGACUCACAGUAGAUGUGGCUCUCAUGCCCCCCACCCAUCUGAGAUUCUUCUCAACACUUCUCUAAACUUUCAGAGAGAGAGAGAGAGAGAGAGAGAUAUGGAAGUCACUUCCUUUCUUCGUCUCUUCUUUUUCCUCUUGUUGGGUGUCAUUUUGUUUGGGCAUUCAUGGUUCCCUUCCAACAAAGGUGACUCUGUUAGCCUUGAUUGCUCUCUCAACAAGCCAUGGUGCACCUCAAAAAACCGAAUUCAAGCCAAAUCUGGCCUUGUUCUAGAGACCCUCGAAGACCCAAAACCCAUAGAUCACCACACUAAAAGCCCUCUCCACCCACUAGAUCCACUCACCUUACAGGAAUUCAACAAAGUUCGAACCAUUCUCUCUUCUUACAAACCCUUCAUCUCUUCCUUCCCUGCAAUUCACUCUGUCUCCCUCGAUGAACCAGACAAAUCCAUCGUCCUUAAUUGGAAGAAAGGCGACCCUCUUCCCCCAAGAAAAGCCUUCGUGAUUGCAUACUUGGAAGCCCAAUCCCAUUUACUGACCCUCGAUUUGGAAUCAAGUGAAAUCACAAACCAUGAAAUUAAGCAUGGCUCUGGUUACCCAGCUCUCACCUUUGAAGACAUGGCUUCUGCAACUAAAGCUCCUCUCAAAAACCCAGAGUUCAUCGAGAUCAUCACCGGGAGAGGCGUCAAGUUAUCCGAUUUAACCUGCGCACCACUCUCCACCGGAUGGUAUGGAGAGAGCGAAGAAGGAAGGAGAUUAGUGAAGCUGACCUGUUUCUCCAACGAAGGAACAGUCAAUUUCUACAUGAGACCCAUCGAAGGGCUAAUCGUCACCGUCGAUGUGGACGCCGGAGAAGUCCUUAAGAUCUCCCAUACUGGCCGAGGAAUCCCAAUCGCGGCCGCCACAGACACAGAUUACCGCCACUCUGCACAGAGCAAACCAGACGAGAUGGUUAAACCACUAAACCCAAUAUCUAUAGAGCAACCCAAAGGGCCAAGUUUCAGUAUAGAAGAUGGACACAUAGUGAAAUGGGCCAACUGGGAAUUCCACUUGAAACCUGACCCACGAGCCGGGGUCAUUAUCUCUCGAGCCAUGGUUCAUGACUCAGAAACCGGUCAGACCAGGAGUGUUAUGUACAAAGGGUUCACAUCGGAGCUGUUUGUGCCUUACAUGGACCCUUCCGACGCUUGGUACUUCAAAACCUAUAUGGACGCCGGCGAGUACGGCAUGGGUGUGACGGCGAUGUCUCUGAUUCCUCUUAACGAUUGUCCUCGUCACGCUCACUACAUGGACGGCGUCUUCGCGGCGGUCGACGGUAAGCCGUAUGUUCAAUCCAACAUGGUUUGUUUGUUCGAGCGUUACGCCGGUGAUAUUGGUUGGCGACACUCGGAGACUCCAUAUAGUGGCAUGGAGGUUCGCGAGGCGAGACCAAAGGUGACACUUGUGGCUCGAAUGGCAGCAUCAGUAGGGAACUAUGAUUACAUAGUAGAUUGGGAAUUCCAAACAGAUGGGCUAAUUCGGAUCAAGGUGGGGCUUUCAGGAAUGUUGUUGGUAAAAGGAACACCUCUUGAGAACCUAAAUCAAGUGUGUAGUGAAGCUGAACGGGAUGCCAUGACUGGGACAUUAGUGUCUGAGAAUCUCAUCGGCGUGGUACACGAUCACUUUGUAACGUUUUACUUGGAUAUGGACAUUGAUGGUGAAGAUAACUCCUUUGUGAAGGUACAUAUGGAAAAGGAAGAGAUUUUACCAGGAGAAUCACCUAGGAAGAGCUACUGGAAGGUGAAGAGAGAAGUUGGUCAGACGGAGAAGGAUGCACAAGUGAAGCUUAAACUUUACGACCCAUCGGAAUUUCAUGUGGUAAAUCAUGGCAAGAAGUCUAGGCUGGGUAAUCCCGCCGGUUACAAGGUCGUCCCCGGUGGCACGGCAGCGAGCUUGCUCGACCAUCAUGACCCUCCACAAUUACGUGCUUCCUUUACAAAUAAUCAGAUAUGGGUGACACCUUACAACAAAAGUGAGCAAUGGGCAGGAGGGCUUCUUGUUUGGCAAAGCAAAGGAGAAGAUACACUUAGUGUAUGGUCUGAGAGGAAUCGUCCAAUUGAUAACAAAGAUAUAGUGUUGUGGUAUACAUUGGGAUUUCACCAUAUACCAUGCCAGGAGGAUUUUCCAAUAAUGCCCACCGUAUCUGCAAGCUUUGAUCUGAAACCUGUAAAUUUCUUUGAGAAGAAUCCCAUACUAAGGGCACCUCCAAAUGUUGAGAAGGAUUUGCCUUUCUGUAGAGCUACUUCUUCAACUUGAAUAGCUUAAUUAAGAGGAUCCAGGUCUUUGGUUCAACAAGCUAAUGACUGUACACAUGCAUUAAUAAGCAUCCUCUUAAGAGUAUCGUUCAUAUUGUUUCUGAAAAUGUUACUUCUACACUUAAUUGGCUUACAUGCCAUGGGGAAAGUUUGAGGUUUGUUUGGUUACAAAUGGGAAAAAAGGAAAAAGAUAUAGAUAGAAAAAAUAGAUUUUUCUUUCUCA